AUGUAUCACCUCGCCAAAGGCAUUUACCUCUAUGCGACCAGCAAAGAAGAAUACUCUGUAAUUCUUCUAGGCCUUGACAAUGCCGGAAAAACCACCUUUCACGAACAAGUCAAGUCCAUGUUUCUACCAAACAGACCCGACCCGAAGCUCAAGACAGUACCCACCGUAGGCCAGAACGUUUCGACGAUACCCCUUCAAGACAUGUACCUCAAGCUUUGGGACGUAGGCGGUCAGCACUCGCUCCGAAAGCUCUGGGAGAGUUACUAUGCAAGCUGCCAUGCUAUAGUCUUCAUCAUCGACAGCACAGAUAUUGGCGACGGAAACAUUGAGCAUGAAGGGAACGUUGGCAGACUGGAGGAGUGUCGGCUAGUCCUCGAGGACGUCCUACAACACUCUGAAACUGAAGGGGUACCACUUCUAAUACUAGCAAACAAGCAGGAUCGCGAGGAUUGUGUCGAGACAAUACGAAUCAAGGAGGGCCUAGUAAAGAAGGUUAUGGAGGGAGACAAGGGGUCCGCUGUCCGCGACUCUCGUGUGCUGGCAAUGAGUGCGCUUACUGGCGACGGAGUCCGAGAAGCUAUCGAGUGGGUAAGGACCAGAGUACAAUGGAACAAGGAGUCUCGACCGCCUGUGAUGCGAUAG